AUGGCAUCCUCACCACCAACCCCAAACCCCCAAAAACAAAUCACCCUCGCCGGCAAAGUCAUCGCCAUCACAGGAGCAAACCGCGGCAUCGGCCUCGGCAUCGCAGACUGCUGCCUCUCCAACUCCGCCGCCGCAGUCUACUCCAUCGACAUCGGCGACACAGGCGACGAAUUCGCCUCCGUCUCCAAACAACACCCGGGCAAACUCCACGCGAUCAAAGCGGACGUCACCAACGAGGCGAAUGUCACUGAAGCCGUUGAGAGGAUUCUCAAGGAAGCGAGGGGACUGCAUGGGAUGGUGGUGAAUGCUGGGCGGACGAAGCAUAAGGCUGCGUUGGAUUUUACUACGGAGGAGAUUGAGCAGUUGUGGAGUAUCAAUGUUUACGGGUCUUUUUACUGUGCGCGGGUGGCGGCUCUGGCGUUCAUCAAGCAGGGCGUGAAGGGAUCGAUCGUUUUCACGGCGUCGAUGGCGUCCUAUCGGCCGAAUAAGAGAGUCCCCUCAGCGCCCUACGGAGCCUCCAAAGCAGGUGUCCGAAACAUGACACACACCCUAGCUAUGGAAUGGGCGCCACACAACAUCCGCGUCAACUCCGUCAGUCCAGGACUCGUCAAGACGGCGAUGACAUACUGGGUGCCGCAACAGCCCGACUGGGAGCAGCAAUUGAAGUAUUACGGCGGCAUCCCGAGACUGGCUGAGGUCGAGGAGCUUGGAGGCGCGUAUGUUUAUCUGUUGAGUGAUGCUGCGAGUUAUACGACUUCGAUUGAUAUUCCGGUGAAUGGGGUUAUUGGCAAAGAUGGUUGA